UUCUCUUCCUCUUCGCCUUCUUCCUCUCCGUCUGCGAGAAACCCUAGUUCCUUUCCUCUCCGUCUUCUUCCUUCGAUCUUCUCUUCCUCUUCGUCUUCUUCGAAACCCAUACAAACCCAUUCCUCUCCUUCAUUUGUUCAUCUCGAAACCCUAGAUUACAGUUUCUCAAUCUUCGAUUUCAUCUCCAAACCCUAGCUUUCAUCUUCUCAGUCUUCGAUCUACACUUCUCAGUCUUCGAUCUACUAUUCCCUCAUUCAUACGAUGCCUAAUCCUGGCCACAAGAGGAAAAUCGCACCUAAUCUAUCACAGAGACCCGGAACCACCACGGCUGGUCAACGACCUAGCACUCUACCACCGCAGUACAAUUUCACGCCGGCGGUCCAAGCUCCUCAACCGCUGCAGACGCUUGAAGAACCAAUACCCGUGUUGCCGGCAAACAAUUCAGAAGAAGUCCAGUUCAAUCCACAGAACAUGGCCAAUCCUCAGCAGGACGCUCCAGCUUCUCAUGUCCAACAGUCUCCGGCUCAGAGUCAUCCAUCGUUCCAAGAUGAAAAUGCUCUGGUGCCUGAAAUUACCGAGGAUAACCUGCGUGCUCUCAAUGCCCUGCUUCUGGUCCCAGACCGGGAUAAGUUCACCACUGUCCUCUCUCCCACACCCGUACCAGAGACGACAUGGUAUGAUCGUGACAAAGGAUCAAAACUGGUUCGGAAGAUUACUAAGGUGAUUAAGAACAAAUUCGAUGCUCCCUACUACAGCUGGACCUGUGUGCCUCGGGACAAACAAGAGAGAUACUUCCUCGAGUUCGCGAAAACCCACACCUGGGAUCCCUUGAUAACAGGGACUGUGCAACAACAUUUCGAGGAAAUCUGUCAACGGAAAAUGAAGGACAUGGAGGAGGAAUUGGGAAGACCGGUCAGUCUUGGUGAGAAUGUUCAAGAGAAGUUGUCUGAGCUCGAGGCUGAGGCUGCGAUUGAUACUUCUGCUGUUUCUGAUGGUGCUUCACGACUACGGGAGCUAACAACCGAAGAAUAUACAGCCAUCUUCCUUAAGUCUACUGAUAGGGAUUCAAGAGGAAAUUUUUAUGGAGUUGGAAACCUCAAAGACUGUCUGGUCAAUGGCAAGCGCAAGCAACCCGAUUCAGCUUCUUCUUUUGUGUCUCUGCAAGAACAAUUGAAGGAAGCUCAACGCAAGAUAGAAGAUCAGGCAGCGCGUGAGGCUGAGCAAUCUCGGGCUGUGGCUGAGCAGAAGGACAGGCUCGAGCAGUUGUCUCUGGUGGAGAAGUAUCUACGUCAAACAGAUCCGCACUUCCUCGACUUCAUGGCAAGUCAGUCUGCUAAAGAGCCAACCUCAUACCCUCUCUCAAUAACUCUUCCCCUUGAUGAUACAACUACAACUCCAUCUCCAUCUGCUUCAUAGGUUGAGAUGUCUUAACUCUUUUC